AACAAAAAUCCUCCAGAUCUGUCACCGGUUGCUGUACUGUCUUUUUCUUUUUUUUCUUCUUCUUCUUCUUCCGAAUUCAGAUCACAGAUCCAUCCCUUAAACCUUCUCUCUCUCUCUCUCUCUCUCUCUCUCUCUCUCAUGUGUACCACAGUCAACUGUCAGUAAGGUCUUCCCUGUUCAGUCUCAGAGGGUUUUGAACCAAAAUGAGAGAGUUGAGCUCAACCACGGACCCGAUUGGGCAAAACAUCAUAAAGCUGGUAAGCAAUGUGUGCUUCUCAGUCUUUGUUUUCUCAGUGCUGAUAUUUACAGUAAUUGCCAUCACAUACCAACCACCCGAUCCAUGGGAAUCCUCUAGAGCCCUCACUAAGGUUUUCACCGAUGUCGAAAACGCCACCUUUAAAACCGACACCUCCGUCCUUAAAACCGGCGAAGACGACCCUGCUGCUGCCCCGGCCUUGGCCCCGUCUGCUAUCACGGAAGUAACAAUUGAGAUAUCCGAAAACAGAAUUGAAAACAAAACCGUUGUCUCGGAGUGUAGCGAGAUGACUGCCGUGAAUUGUUCUGAUCCGCGUGUUUUGAUUGCCAUUGAGAGGUUUAAUUUGAGGGUUUUUAAGACCAUUGUGUUUUUAGAGUAUCAAACACCGGUUAAUGGGUCGAGAUUAGACGAGUGUGAUGUGUCGUGGAGGUUUAGGAACAAGAAGGAGAAGUCUUGGAGGAAGUAUAGGGAUUUUCGGAGGUUUAAGAUUGGUUAUGGUGUGAAUUGUACUUAUAAGGUGAUGAAUGCAAAGGGUUGGCAUUCAGGUAUAAAUGCACGCAGGCCAAGGGUUAGGGUUAAUGGAACUAGGAGCAGUGGGAAUGCUAAAGUUGCUCCUCCUCCAUUUCGCGAUGAUGAGAUCAAUGACACAAUCCCUGUUUUGGGUUCGGGUAACGAUUUUAGGAAGGGGAAGUAUUUGUACUAUUCGCGGGGAGGGGAUUAUUGCAAAGGAAUGAAUCAUUAUCUGUGGAGCUUCUUGUGUGCUCUUGGGGAGGCUCAGUAUUUGAAUAGGACGUUUGUUAUGGAUUUGAGUAUUUGCUUGUCGGCAACUCAUACCGCCAGUAAGAAGGAUGAAGAAGGAAAGGAUUUUCGUUUCUAUUAUGAUUUCGAGCAUUUGAAAGAGGCGUCAGAAAUUGUGGAGGAGGGUGAAUUCCUGAAGGAUUGGAAGAAGUGGGAUAAUACCCACAAAAAGAAGAAGAUCCCAGUGAGAAAGGUUGCGAGCUAUAAGGUCACACCAAUGCAACUUAAGAAAGAUAAAAGCACAAUAAUUUGGAGGCAAUUCGAUGCUCCAGAGCCAGAAAACUAUUGGUACAGAGUUUGUGAAGGCCAAGCUGCAAAUUACAUUCAGAGGCCAUGGCAUGCAUUGUGGAAAUCAAAGAGACUGAUGAAUAUAGUUUCUGAGAUUAGUGGGCAAAUGGACUGGGAUUUCGAUGCGGUUCAUGUUGUUCGCGGAGAGAAGGCACAGAAUAAGGAGCUGUGGCCCCACUUGGAUGCUGAUACAUGGCCAGAUGCCCUUGUUACAAAGCUUCAAGGGAUAGUUCAACCUUGGAGGAAUUUGUACAUUGCCACCAACGAACCAUUCUAUCAUUACUUCGAUAAAUUGAGGUCUCAUUACAAGGUUCAUUUGCUCGAUGAUUACAAGGAAUUGUGGGGAAAUACAAGUGAAUGGUACAAUGAGACCAGCCUUUUGAAUGAGGGACACCCUGUCGAUUUCGAUGGGUAUAUGCGAGUUGAAGUGGACACCGAGGUUCUUUAUAGGGCAAAGACACGGGUGGAGACAUUCUAUAAUUUGACCAGUGAUUGCAAGGAUGGGAUUAAUACGUGCUGAUCAGGUUGGAGAUGUCUUUUAUUGCUUCCCAUUUGUUCUUAUGCAUCUCUUUUGUCCAAUUAUUGUUCAGUUUCAGAAUGAUAAAAGCUGAAUCGUGUCAUUGCCUCUAGCAUUACAUGUUUGUUUCAGAUUGUAUUUGAUUACAUUGAUUCAAUAUCUCAACUGGCAAUGUCAAGUUUGUAAUACACAAUAGAUUAAUCUCUUGCAGCUUCUCACUACCCCAUAAGCAGGAUAUUUGCUAUCA